UCACUUCGCUCGUUUCAUCCGACUAUACAUUUAUCUUCCCUGUCAAUCGUUUUUCGUCUCAUCUCCUCAUUUUUUUUCUCCGAAUGACCUCAUGAGGCAAUCACUUCAAUGUGGAAGAGGCCUCGUCCUCGCGGCAUGUCUCGCAACUUUGGCAUCUGCCGCAUGCGAAUGCGGUUACUACUAUAACUCCACCUCCACCGCCGGCAUCACAAGCAGGCAGGUGUGGACCGACGCCUUCGAAACCGACUUCCUCCAUGCCCCAAAAAUCAACGGCGACAUGGGCUGGCGACCCCAGGUCUACACUGUCCCGUCGGAGAAAGCCCGCGGCACCUUUGGGAAGGACGCAGCGCUGGAGAACGUCAUCGCCAAUCCGCUCAAGGACAACAAGACCUGGACCGGCGAGGGCGCGAACGGGGGCGACGCCGGCGCGCAGCUCCUGGUGCGCAGCCAGUUGAAGGGUGAUGCCAUUCCCAUGGCGGAAAUCGUAGGCAUCCGGGAUGAUAUGCUCUACGGUUCGUUCCGAGUAUCGAUGAAGAUUAAUGACAUCCCUGGGUCGUGCGCGGCAUUUUUCUUUUACCAUAAUGAUACCCAGGAGAUCGACAUUGAAUUCCUCACGAGAGAAUUCAACGAGACCUCGAACCUCAUCAACCUCAUCAGCCAAUCUCCCGCCUCCGCUGACGCCGGCUUCGACGCAAGUGGAACUCCCGGAUUCAAGACCUACAACCUUCCGUUCAAGCCCUACGAAGGCUUCCACGAGUACCGCUUCGACUGGAGCCCCGGCCUGAUCACCUACUACGCCGACAACCAGAAACUCUACGAGCUGACCGUCGACGUCCCCGACAGCCCCGGCCACCUCGUCCUCAACCACUGGUCCAACGGCGACCCGAAAUGGUCCGGCGGCCCCCCUACCGCCGACUCGACCAUGACCGUCAGCUACGUGAAGGCGUACUUCAACUCCUCGAACCCCGACGCCGGAAGCCAGUUCGACAAGCGGUGUCCGGAUCCGGGCGACGUGUCGAAGAUCUGCGGCAUCCCCGAUCAGAACACCCCGCCGCCGGAUGCCUCCCAGGGCGGUGACACCGGCGCGCAGACGACGUUUUUGACGUCGGCCGCAGGACGGAGGUCGCCGGUCGGUUGGAGCUUGUGGAGCGUCGCGAUCUUCUCCGCGGUGGUGUUUUCCACUUGUUGAUUUUCGUUUGAUGGAUUUGUUGUGCUGUUUACGGGCCAUCGUUCGGAGUUCAACUAGUGCGUGCCUGCAUUCUAGUGGCGUUGGAGGUGCAUGCAUGAUUCUCAUGUUCGGAUCGGCUAUGAUAUUUGUGAGUCUCACCAAGUGCUUCAUGCGCAGGAGGGAGGGAUUCCUGGCCGCUGUAUGGCCUUUAUUAUUCUUGUUGAUAUUAGAUUCUUUGCCGUUUUUCGGCGCGACGAUUAAGGUUAAUACCGACGAGGGGUAAUGGACCAUGUUCGUAUUACCGUCUGCUUCGUGGUGAAGGCGGCCAUGCCGUCGAUGUUCGAGUGAUAUUGGAAGAAGCCAUUUCUAAGUCAAGGGCUUUGAUUA